UUACCUCAUUUAGUCGGCCGUAAUGAGAAUGCCACUAGAGUGUCAUAAAGUACUCGAUUGCUUCGACCAGCUGGACAAUCGGUAUAACACCAGUAGUUGUUAAGAUGGUGACCACACGCGACACGGAAGCUCCGGCGAAUAGAGAGGAGAUACCGCAUGACCACCUUUUCAGAGUGACUGGUUUGUCUUCUAGCAAUUUGGAGAAAUUGGCACAGGAACCCCCAGCAGACUUCGAAACCGCGAUAGCAGCAACAGGCUAUGGUUGCUUCAACAUCGUGCUAAUGCUGGCCUCCUUACCCGCCUUCUGGAGCGCCGUAUCUGUCACCAGCUCUGUCAGCUACAUCUUCACCAGAGCCCAGUGCGAUAUGCAACUCAGCUUGCUUGACAUGGGCACUGUUAACGCUAUCACCUACGGAGGAAUGAUCGCGUCAGCUAUGAUCUGGGGAUUCCUCUCCGACACACUGGGUAGGCGCUGCAUAAUGAUAUACGGUUUCUUCGGCUCAGGCCUGGUGGAGAUCAUGGCUGCCAUGAGCCAGAAUUUCACCAUGUUGCUCGUUACCAAAUUCGCAAGCGGCUUUUUAUUCAACGGUCCCUUCGCAGUCCUAUUGACAUACAUUGCAGAACUUCAUCGCACCGAGUAUCGAGCGCGUGUUAUAUUGUUAACCAGUCUCUUCUACACCUUUGCUAACAUUACUCUUCCAUUACUAGCUUGGAGCCUGCUUACUAGAGAUAUCAAUGUUUAUCUAUUUGGACAAGAAUUUGUAAUCCAUGCCUGGAAUCUGUUUCUGCUGGCCUCAGCGAUGGUACCGCUGAUGACGGGAGUAGCAUUCAUCUUCCUUCCAGAGAGCCCCAAGUUCCUCAUGUCUAGAGGCAGGAACGAAGAGGCAAAACAAGUAUUUAAGAAAAUCUUCAUCCUGAACACUGGAAACCGGAAAGAGGACUAUCCGAUCACAAACCUAUUGGAAGAAAAGUCAGAGCAACAAGGCCGAGGAAUAGCAGCACUAAGAGGCGGCUGGGCACAGAUCUCUCCACUGUUUAAAGUACCUCACGCGCCUUGGUUAUUCCUCAUUUGCGUUAUUCACAUUGGAGCCAUGUUUGGAUCGAACACAAUUCGCCUUUGGUACCCUCAGUUGGCAGCAAUGAUUGGUUCAGACUCUAACAAGACCCUCUGCUCGGCCAUCGAUCCUACACAGGCCCCCGUCGUCAGCGACACCUCCUGCAUUCCGAUAGAAACUGACAUGCUGACGUACCUGCAGAGCUCAAUUGUCGGUGCGGGGUCGGUUUUGACUUAUGGGAUUGGAAGCCUUUUGAUUAAUAGGUGUGGCAAGAAAAUCGUAGCAGGUUUCUGCUGUGUGGCCAGUGCUGCGGCGGUACUGAUGAUGCCGUUCCUGGGCACAGGGUCCUUCUCCGUGGCAGCGAUGGUGACGGCAGCUUUAGCUUUUACUUCGCUUUGUGGGGCUGCGUUAUCUAGUAUCUGUGUGGAUCUCUUUCCUACUUCAUUAAGAGUAAUGGCCAUGGUGACUUUCCUCAUGUGCGGCCGCCUUGGCACCAUAGCAGGAACGGUGGCAUUUCCAGCUUUAAUAGGCUUCGGUUGUUUCCCGCCUUUUAUUACUAUCACAGCCGUUUUAGCUGCAAUCGGCGUGGCCUGCCUGUUUCUACCAAAUACAAAUUUAAAGAAAUUAGAAUAAACUAAUAUUAAGAAUCAAGCCCAAAUAAGACCGACUUGUUACUUCGGCAGUGGCACCAAUAAGCAGUAUUGUGUAAAUAUUUUUUUUAAAUGGUAGGUAUUUUAAAAAAAUAAUUCCAUUGUUUCGUUUUUACAAUUGUGUAGGAGAUAUGUUCCAGUGUGGUUAGAUUUGUACUUUCACAAAAAAGAAAAUUUAUUUUACUAUGAAAUAAAAUAAAACUUCUCGAAUUUUUUUAAAAA